GGAGCUGGGAAGAGAGUCAAGAUGGCGGCGAAAUCCGAUGGCGGUGGCGUGGGGGUGGGCUUCGCCCAGCUGCACAACCUGGACGAGGCGGUGGGCAGCGGCGAGGAGGACGGGGAGCCCGGGGGAGGCGGCUGCGGCGGCGGCGACGGCAGCGAGCCCGGCGAGAGCAGCUCGCUGCACAUCUGCCACUGCUGCAACACCUCCUCGUGCUACUGGGGCUGCCGCUCCGCCUGCCUGCGCUCGCUGCUGGGCAAGAAGCCGCGCCGCAGCGCCGCCGCCGCCGACGGGGGGGACCAGCCGCUGCAGCCGCCCGGGACCGCCGGCCGCCACCCCCCGACGCCCUCGGCCGGCCGACCGCAGCCCGCGUCGCCGCAGGUGGAGCGGCCGUGGCUUGACUGCCUGUGGAUCGUGCUAGCGCUGCUGGUGUUCUUCGGGGACGUGGGUACCGACCUGUGGCUGGCCCUCGACUACUACCGCAAGGGGGACUACGGCUGCUUCGGACUGACCCUGUUCUUCGUGCUGGUGCCGUCGCUGCUGGUGCAGAGCCUGAGCUUCCGCUGGUUCGUGCAGGACUACACGGGCGGCGGGCUGGGCGCCGUGGAGGGGCUCAGCAGCCGGGGACCCCCAAUGAUGGGGGCCGGCUACGGCCAUGGCGCGGCCCGCGGCGGCCCGGGUGCGGGGGGCUCGGCCACCCCGGGGGCGCAGCGUCUGUGCCGCCUCUCCGUGUGGAUCUGGCAGUCGGUCAUCCACCUGCUGCAGAUGGGGCAGGUGUGGAGGUAUAUCCGCACCAUGUACCUGGGGAUUCAGAGCCAGCGGCAGAAGGAACACCAGCGGCGCUUCUACUGGGCUAUGAUGUAUGAAUAUGCAGAUGUCAACAUGCUGCGCCUCCUGGAGACCUUUCUGGAGAGCGCCCCCCAACUGGUGCUACAGCUCUGCAUAAUGAUCCAGAAGAACAGUGCAGAGACGCUGCCCUGUGUCUCCUCUGUGACUUCCCUGAUGUCCCUGGCUUGGGUGCUAGCUUCCUAUCACAAGCUGCUGCGGGACUCCAGGGACGACAAGAAGAGCAUGAGUUACAGAGGGGCCCUCAUCCACCUCUUCUGGCGCCUCUUCACCAUCUCAUCCCGAGUUAUCUCUUUCGCCCUCUUUGCUUCCAUCUUCCAGCUGUAUUUCGGGAUCUUCGUGGUGGUGCACUGGUGUGCCAUGGCCUUCUGGAUCAUCCAUGGUGGGACAGACUUCUGCAUGUCCAAGUGGGAGGAGAUCCUCUUCAACAUGGUGGUAGGGAUCGUGUACAUUUUCUGCUGGUUUAACGUCAAGGAAGGGCGGACUCGAUACCGAAUGUUCGCAUACUAUACGAUAGUCUUGACCGAGAAUGCUGCCUUGACGUUCCUUUGGUAUUUUUACAGAAAUCCGGAGAGCACUGACUCCUAUGCCGUGCCAGCACUGUGUUGUGUCUUCGUUAGCUUUGUGGCUGGGAUUACGCUCAUGCUCUUAUACUAUGGCGUGUUGCAUCCCAUGGGGCCUCGGGCUAAGGUCUUUGCCAGCUCCUGUUGUGCCGAGCUGCUCUGGGGCAUCCCUUUGCCCCCUGAUGUUGAGCCUAUGGCACCUCAGACCCCUGGGUACCGGGGGACCCAGGUCACGCCCACCAGAGCCGUGACGGAACAGCAGGAGGAUCUCACGGCUGAUACUUGCCUGCCCGUAUUCCAAGUGAGACCCAUGGGGCCCUCUACCCCAUCAGGGCGUCCUUACCAUCCAGAAGGGCCCCUGAUUAAGAUUGACAUGCCAAGAAAGCGGUACCCGGCCUGGGAUGCGCACUUUGUAGACAGGAGGCUGCGGAGGACUAUUAACAUCCUGCAGUACGUCACCCCCACCGCAGUGGGCAUUCGCUACCGAGAUGGGCCUCUGCUCUAUGAGCUGCUGCAGUAUGAGUCUUCACUCUAGAACACCUUGACCCAGAUUGAGAAGGGGACCUUAAGUUUGGUUGCGGUCAACGCCGCCUGCAAGAAAUAUAACCCUCCCUUCCCCCGAUACACAGAACCACCACCACCGCCACACCAACAACACCAACACUACAAAAAAGAUCAAUAAGUCACAUCCCCUUCAGAUAAGCUUUCUUUCCAGUCACUAUAUGUAUACAAAGAUAUUCUCUAUGUUUUGUAAGUAAAAACAAAAAGAAAACCUUUCUUUUGUUUUUUACACAUAAGAAACAGUAUUGAAAAAAAUUAAAUAAUCCCACACUACAGUUCCUAGGAUGGAGAAGGAAGAGCUAAUCUCCUCUCCAAAAGAAACAAACAAACAAAAGUUUUAUACUUUACACCAAGUGUAGAUCAUUUAUGGGAUUGGUGCUGAUUGAGAGAACAAAACAAAACAAAACAAACAAAAACCUUCAACUGCCUUAUGCCCUUAGGUGCUGAGUUUCUUUAGGUACUGUCAUGUUUCCUCACAGAAAACUCUCUGGUAACUUUUGUACCAGGAGAGGAAAAAAAAAUUAAAUAAUCAAAUGAAACAAAAUCUACCAACAAAGCAAAUAAACUAAAACAGCAAACAGAUACCAUAUUAAAACAAUCCUUCCUAUCUGAUGAUUUGUAUUGAAAAAACAAGCAAACAAGCAAACAAACAAAUUGACCAAAAGCAAAGGCAUAGAAGCCCCUCUCUAUUUGGUUUCUCCUGCCCCUUCCCCAUUUUGCAAAGCCUUCUAGAAGCUAAAGGGCUACUUGGAUCUCCACUGGCCAGAAAAGCUCCUUGAAGGCUGACUAUGUGCCAUUUUAAACAUUUGCCUAGCAACAAUUGCAUUAUUUUCCCGUGCAAAAAACCAAACCAAAACACAAAUGAGAAUGAAACUCCCAAACACCCAAUUUGAUAAAUUCUAAAAGCAGAUCAAAGGAGAUGUUCAUAAACACCAUCAAAGAGAAUCAGCAAUGAUCAAACUCAGCAUGGUAGCAAAA